GUGUCUGAGUGUGUGUGAGGAUGCUCAUGGGCUCGAUGGGCUGCGGGGGAAGCAGGUCCGCGACGAUCGAACCCCGAUAUUACGAGAGCAGAGACACCGAGUCGACGUGGCUGACGAGCACGGACACCGAGACGCAGCGGGCAGCUGCCGGUACCGGAACCGGCGAGAGCGCGACAGAGAAUGACCAGACGGCAGCGGCAGCCGGAGCAGGUCAGAAGGAAGAGAAGAAGCUGGUGAACGCCGGCACACAGUGUGGCAGAAACACCAGCAGCACCCAGAGGAGACCAGCGCACAGAGACGAGGUUAAAAGUAAAUCAAAGAAAAUCCCCCAGACGGAUGGGGUUAAAAGUGUCCGAUCCGACUGUAAACAACACAGAGGUGAUGCCUUGACAUGAGCUUGUUGAAGAGGGCCUUUCAUUCUAAUUAAACGCGUAUGUUAAAUCAGAUGGCAGAUCUGAUCUAAUCGUGUUUGUCUGCAUGUAAACGUUGAGCGCCGGAGCGGAUGGUGACCCUAACAUGCUGCAACACUGCUGCUGCAUCUCUGUCUCUGAAGUGUUAUUUAUUUUCCACCAAUUGUUAGUGUUUAAUAUUUUGUUGGUAUUAUGUAUUUCCAUCAGUAUUGUGCUGGUUUGUGAUAUUCUAUGAUAAUGCAGAUAUGCAAAUGUCUCAGGUUGUGAUCGUAUGAAAUGAAGACACAAUCAAACAUAACAUUGUCUCGUUCCUCUGAAUGAAAUGGAAGCUGGUUACUUAUGAUUU